AUGCCAAAGCAACUUGUCAAUGUUGAGAAAGCUAAAGCAGAUUUUAUUGCCUUCUGCCGCUCCAAGUACAAUGAAAGUUCAACUUUUUUGAAACAAAUUGACGAAUUUGAAGCUGAUUAUCGUGAAGAAGAUGCUAUCAAAUUUUAUACAAGGCCUUGCCAUUUCGUUAACUAUGUCAUCAGCAGCACAUGUGCUGCUUUUAGUGUUACAAAUUACUUUCAAAUUCGUUUUAUCCUUCACGAUCUUUAUUUGCAAAUGCAGAGACUACAUGAUGAACAAUCGUCAAUGUGGCCAGAGACCCUGGUUGUUCAUCGCGGUAAAGUAAUUUCACGAACAGAAUUAAAACAGCUACCAAAGAAGAAUGAAUAUGUCAUAACAAGAGACUUCUUGUCUGUUACAACGGAUUCCCAGGUUGCAGAGACAUUCUCAUCCUUUGACGUACCUCUCAAUGACAAUAAUAAAGUAUCUGUUUUUAUUUCAAUGCACAUUGAUCAUGAAGAAGUGGCAUCGAAGCCAAUAGUAUUUAUUAAUGAUUCUAGUACAAUUACGGAUGAAGAAGAAGUUCUGCUUCCUAUGGGUAUUGUUUUUCGCAUCACCUCAUGUGAAAAAGUUGAUGAUCCUAAUUCACAAUGUUCCGUGAGGAUUAAUAUGAUUCGUAGUAAAGAAGAGAAAGAAAUCGAGAAAAAACUCAGUGUUUCUAGUCCCUUGGUAUUAGGGGCCAUCGCUACUGCAGUUGGAGGCAUUGGCGUGGGUGUAGGUAUAGUCGGACUUCUAAAUUUCUUGGAAGACAAGGAAGACCAAGAAGACCAAGAAGACCAAGAAAAGUUUUUUGAAGCCAUCACUGAUGCAUAUGAAUCUCCGGAUCCAGAUUUAGCUGCAGAGAUCCAGGGCCUUAUUGAUCACAAUGCUGAUUCGGCUGCGAUGGUAAGUUGA